CCAUUAUUUAGUUCCACAUGGCACCCGUUGCCUGGCAACGUUGCGUCAACCUCCUUUUCCAAAACACAGUACGGUGAGGUUAUUGUUGUCGGUUUAAAACCUCGAAGUUGCCUCUUAGUUUGGAAAGAAAAAGCCAUAAUAUGGGAAAGAAGUCGAGGAACGAGAGGGAAACGCCAGUCAAGGAAACGUUUGAGCCGCUACCCCUUGAGAGCAAAGCCCCAGCAACAGUAGUGCUGCUGUUGAACUCCCCAGAGGAGGACAUUUUAAUCAAAGCGUGUGAAGCAAUCCAGACAUUUGCAGAGAAAGGAGAUGAGAACAAGGUUUCUCUGCUGGGACUUGGGGCAUUAGCGCCUCUCUGCCAACUCAUUACUCACAACAACAAGCUGGUCAGACGCAAUGCCUUCAUGGCCUUGGGCAUCAUGGCCACCAAUGGUGAUGUAAGGACUGCGUUGAAAAAAUUAGAUGCCAUUCCAUCAAUUAUUGAAAAACUAUCACUCGAAGAUGAUACAGUUGUCCACGAGUUUGCAACACUGUGCCUGGCUUCUCUGUCAGAGGAUUUCCUCUGUAAGGCCCAGAUCUUUGACAACAAGGGGCUGCCAACUCUAAUUCAGCUGCUGUCUAGUUCUGACCCAGAUGUCAAGAAGAAUUCACUAGAGACCAUCUCCAACCUAGACUACAAAAGCCGCCUGGUCGUACACGAAUUAGGUGGGAUCCCUCCACUUCUGCAGCUCUUAAAUUCGGAAUUCCCUGUCAUUCAGCAUUUGGCUUUAAAGACGUUGCAACAUGUCACUACUGACAGAGAUGCAAACAAAACCUUCAGGGACAAGCAGGGAUUUGAGAAGCUUAUGGGUAUCCUGAAUAAUGUGAACUUCAGUGACCUACAUGCUGAGGCCUUGCAUGUCCUGGCUAACUGCUUGAGUGACAGUGAAAGUGUCCAACUCAUUCACAAGAGUGGAGGACUGACCAAGUUGAUGGAAUUUGUCCUCACUCCCAGUGUGCCUGAAAUCCGGUCAGGUGUUAUUAAAUGCAUCACCAGGGUGGCUCAGAGCUCUGAGAGCUGCAAAGUGCUUCACGAGCAGGAUGUGGAGACGGUUCUGGUUGAGCUUCUGUCCUUGGAGAACACUGGUGUGAUAACGUCUGCCUGUCAGGCUGUGGCCGCCUUGAGCUUCCACGUAAACAGCAAAGAACGCUUCAGAGAACUUGGUUGUAUCAGUGUCCUGGUUCAACUGCUGAGCAGGGAGAGUUUGGCACUGAGAGAGGCGGCAACCCAGGCCCUCUCCAACCUCACUCAUAACAGCGCGUCAGAUGCCUUUGAAGUGUAUGAGGAAGGUGGCGACAAGCUCCUCGUCCAGCAACUGUAUCAAAGCUGUCCAAAGAUAGUGGCCAAUUCUGCUGCCACACUUUGCAACAUGGCAGAACAUGAGAUCAUCCGCUGUAGCAUCUUGUCACAUGGAGCCAUACAGGCUCUGUUGGAACCCUUGAAAUCUACAGUUACACAAGUCCUGGUAAACACUGCACAUUGCCUGGCAGUGCUGGCCAGUGAUGAAGAAGCUAGGGCAGAGCUAGUCAGAGUUGGAGGUCUUCAGCUUCUGGUCGAUCUACUGCGGUCUCACUCCAAGGAGGUGCUGCACAGUGCAUGCUUGGCAGUGAAUGUCUGUGCCAGUGAUGAGCCAACUGCUGUGGAAAUGUGCAAAUUUGGAGCCCUGGAAAUACUUCAGGAAAUCAACCAGUCAAAGACUCGUAGGAACAGUUUUAGUGAGUUGGCUGUGAACAGCCUACUUAACUCCAACUUGUCUUUUAAGUACAGCCUGACAAGUUCUUUGGCCUCCACUGACAUCAUCACCGGCGGCUUCUACGAUGCUGGAAAGGCUCGCCCUGGUCAGAGGAUGCUGACUUUAGAGGAACUGUCCAAGCAACCGGUUAACCAGCGGCGAGCCAUUAUUUUUGUCAACAAAGCAACAGUAUUGCCAGAGGAGACAGUAGAUGUGCCAGAAGAGACACAGAACAAGCCAUCAGAGUCAGACGGCAGAGUCAGAGGAGAGCGUAAAACACCAAAGGCGACAGUAGAUGUGCUAGAAGAAACACAGAGCAAGCCAUCAGAGUCAGAAAGCAGAAUUAAAGGAGACCGUAAGACACCAAAGAAGAAGAAGGAAGAGGAACAGAAAGAUUAUGGCCACAUGAAGAAGAAGGAAGAAAAACAGAAAGAUAAUGUCCAGCCUGAGUCUCCUGUAGAGAAACCAGGGGGAAUGAUGGAGGAUGUCUCAUUGCAGAUUCUAAUAAAAAUUGCCAAAGAGUACAUCUUUCCACUGAAUGAUGAAAAAGAGCAGUGUGAAGCCUUAGCCAGGCUGGUGAGCGAAGCCAUGGGGGGAUCAGUGGAGAUGGAAAAGAUGCACGGGUUUUCUUGGAUUCUGCACCUCAGUGAGCUGAAGAUUCAACUUCAGUCUAAUGUUAUUCCCAUUGGUUUCAUCAAAAAGGGAAUCUACUAUCACAGGGCACUCCUGUUCAAGUCACUGGCUGAUUGCAUUGGACUGAGUUGCACACUUGUUAGGGGAGACUACAACCGUGCUUGGAAUGAGGUUCUCCUUUUCAGUAGAAAUUCCUCCAACAAGCUGCACUCUUCACAGCCCUGCCGCUACAUAGUAGACCUUAUGCACCAACCUGGAAACCUAUUUCCAGUCAAUAGCCCUGCUGCAGUCCAGUAUCAAACUAUAUAACCGGUACUGUACUGUUUAAAUACCCCAGAAGGUAACGCUUUGACAUGAUAUUUUGUCUGAUGUGCAUCAAUCGAUUUAUAUGUAAUGUGUGUUUAUGUGUACAUGAUGUGUGCAUGGCGGACCCGAGUAAUCAUAUAAUAAAUUAUUACCCACAUCAUCAGUUGACUAUUUUU